GACUUCAGUCUGACAUUUGACUCCUCAACCCACAGGCAGCAGCGGUGACUGUGCAGGCGGUACUCUGCCUCGUCCGUCUCUCCCUUCUGCGGUCAUUCUGAGUUUACUUCUCUGUGAAACACCAUAUUGCUUCCCUCUCUGGUUUCUCCUCUGGAGAGCUGAUGGGAUACUCAAAGUCCAGGGAGUGGUCUCUCUAACACGGAUCCUAUAAUGAACUUUAAGAGGGGGAGAACGCGAAUCAGCUCUGCUCACCCCUGUAUUUCGCCUUUUUUCUCUCUCCCUGGAUUGCUUAAGUCUCCAGCCAGGCGUUGGGAGCUGGAUCUACGUGUAACAUUCCUGGAUUACUUCGACUUUAGUUCUUUCACCUCUUGCUCCACCAACUUUCUUUGUGUCCUGGACUGUACUUUUAAGGAGAUGUUUAUUACCUCAAAACACACAUCUCCUGUUCUACAUUGAGGAAUCAACCAGGUGGUUGCUAGAAUUAGUUUCGCAAGUCUAGGUGUUUAUGAAAAACUCUUCCCUUCCUCCUUUGGGGAGGUCAGGGGCAGGGAUAACUUACCACAGCCCGAGGUGACCUGUUGGAGCAGUUUUGUAAUAAGACUAAGAAAACUAGGGUGAAACGGGAAAGGAGGGGCCCUUGCUUAUGGGUUCUUUUGUUUUUAUGGAAAGAGCAUGAAGAUUAAUCAGUCUGUUUCCCAUGUCUGCCACUGUUAGGCUGCAACCUGUGUACUCAUGGAAGGGUAUGCUCAAGCUGUUCUCUUGCAUAGCAGUCCGAACUGCUAGUAAACCUAAAGAGGUCAAAACAUUUCAAGGAAAGAAGAAAGACGUACUUGGGAAUCAUAUGGACGAAGAAAUGAGUCGCCAGACUGCCACAGCGCUGCCCACAGGAACCUCUAAAUGCCCUCCUUCUCAGCGCGUCCCAACCUUAUCGGGCACCACCGCGUCCAACAGUGACCUUGCCAGUCUGUUUGAGUGCCCGGUCUGUUUCGACUAUGUCCUGCCCCCCAUCCUGCAGUGCCAGAGUGGCCACUUGGUUUGUAGCAACUGUCGGCCUAAACUUACCUGCUGCCCUACCUGCAGAGGCCCGCUUGGGUCAAUCCGCAAUUUGGCCAUGGAAAAAGUGGCCAACUCCGUGCUGUUCCCAUGCAAGUAUGCCUCGUCAGGCUGCGAAGUCACGUUACCGCACACAGACAAGGCAGAGCAUGAGGAGCUUUGUGAAUUCCGGCCAUACUCUUGCCCGUGUCCUGGCGCCUCAUGCAAGUGGCAGGGCUCGCUUGAUGCUGUCAUGCCCCAUUUGCUGCACCAGCACAAGUCCAUAACCACGCUACAGGGUGAGGAUAUUGUCUUCCUGGCCACAGACAUCAACCUGCCUGGUGCGGUGGAUUGGGUCAUGAUGCAGUCAUGCUUCGGCUUCCAUUUUAUGCUUGUGCUGGAGAAGCAGGAGAAAUACGAUGGUCACCAACAGUUCUUUGCCAUUGUGCAGCUGAUCGGCACACGGAAACAGGCGGAAAACUUUGCCUAUCGGCUUGAGCUGAAUGGCCACCGGCGGCGACUCACCUGGGAGGCCACGCCACGUUCUAUCCAUGAAGGUAUUGCCACCGCCAUCAUGAACAGUGACUGUCUGGUGUUCGACACCUCUAUCGCUCAGCUGUUUGCAGAGAAUGGCAACUUGGGCAUCAACGUCACCAUAUCAAUGUGCUGAGGACUAACAGCUGUGCAUACUUGAACACACACACAUACAUGCAGACAAGCAAGAUUUCUAAACACCGCAGGAUACCUUGAGUUGUGCAUUGGGGACAGGGGCAUAGCUGACCUAGGGAACUCUUUGCUGUUGUAUGCUCCAAGUUAUCAAAAAAUAAAAACAACUUAUUGGUUGGAGCUUGGCACGUCCAACCAGACUUGGCUCCUAGGUUCUCAAUUUUAUGCUACAAUGAUAUAUGUUAAAUUGUUAAUGUAUUCUACAUUUUUGAGAGUAACAGUCAUUGACCUUGAAGUUAGAGGGGAGCCCCCUUUGUGGAAUGGACGUUUGCAAAUGUGCUGUUUGGAAUGAUGGAAGGCACACUGCUGGAUGGCGGUUGGGGAAUAUUGAUCAAUUUCAGGGUGUUUGCUCAAAAGUUGCAACACUUAAAGCAAGUUCUUGUUUCCCCAAGACAUUUUGCAUUUCAGUUCAGAUAAAACACUAACUUUUAUUUUCAAAUAUAAGGAUUUGUUUUAUUCUAGUCUCAUCUUUCUUGCCUUUUUUUGUUUUGUUUUUUGUUCCCCAUACAGAAAGUUUCUGGUAAUUGGUGCAUGACCACUGGAUAAAUUCAUUAACAUGUAACAAGUUCAGAUUUCAUUUUAGAAUUUGUUUGUUUCUACCAAUCACUGCAGUGAGUCUCCUGUUUGUUUCGAAGGGAUGUUUCAGUCAUAACUUGGCACAAGCACAUCAAAUCAAGUUACAAAAAUAAGGAAGCCAAUAAUUUCUUCAAAUACGAUGGGACGCAUUUUAAACUUGUUAACAGCUGGAUUGAAUUUGUACAGCACAGGCGAGACCACACAAUGUUGAUAUGGAACCCCUCCAUUACAAACACUGGAGAAACCACUGCAUUGAGUAUCAGGAUAGGAACAAGAGCAAUUACUACAGUUAUUAAAAAUAAAUUACUUUUAAGAAAAUGAAAUGAAAAAGGCUGUUGUAAAAUUGUGGCUAAUCUUCAGUGUUUGUAGAUAGUGUUGUUCUUCAGAAGACCUCUGUCUUUUUUUCUCUUUUUGUAAGUCAAUAUUUUUGUUGCUGUUAUUCUUUGUAUGUCUGUAUUUCUGUUUUUGCAAGAUAGGGUGAAGCAAAGCCAAACAUCUAUGUGGAGACAUUGUACUGUUGCUAGUCCUGAUCUCUAAUUUUGUUUUGUUUUAUUGUUUGUUUUUGUUCUAUUUUGCCAGUAAAUAAAUCUAUCUUUUUCAUACCUUCUUGAAUUUCUCACUC